AUGGUGGUAUUAGACAACGGCAUUGAGACUGUUGUAUAUCUCUCUACACCAUCCCUUUUCACGCCCCUCAAACACCUGCCUACCCCACAUGUUAGUCACAGUGGCAAUGGGGAUUCAUGCACUCUGGAGGUUCCAUAUGUGUGUCUGCAGGAAUAUGUUCAUACCAUCCCAAACCAGGGUCUCUUACGUUACUAUGUGGUUGGGAAUCUAGAGCAAGUCAUUACAAUCAGUUCUAAGGUUUUGAGUGAAUUGCUGGUAUUGCGGCAAGUCCUAGGCGAGGGUCUUCUACUUUCUGAAUGGGAGGUCCACAAGGUAAGUAAAUCACCUACGAAACAUCUUUACUUGCAGCGACUCAUGCCCGCGUUUGUCUAUCGUUAUAUUAUAGUCAGACUGAUUCAUGUAGACAUGAAUCAUAAUUUUAAUUCCCUUCAUGACACAUCCAUUCCCCUCUACAAAUCAUACCAGAAGCUUACAGUAGCCCCAAGCCAAGUCAUCAAAACCUUCAUAAUUAUUGGGAUGCUGCUGGGCAGCAUCGAUAUUACACACUGUUUACCCACCAAGCAUAACCGAGAUAUUUACGAGGGAGGCACAGCCAUCCGUGAUAAUGCUCGCCAAAUAAUUCGGCUUUACAAGAUAAGGAUUCAUAAUGAACCCGGCGGUUCAAGCAGUGUUGAUAUCAUUUCGACUGCCCUGGGGAGCGGAAUAAUAGAUAACGAUAACCGGCUCGACCAACUCAUGACCUUCCUUGGGGCUGAUCAUGAAACCAUCGCUACCGCGAUGCAUGGAACUUCAGAAUCGGUGGAUGCUGCUACAAUUGCCCAUCUCUCUUACCUGAGUGCGAUCUGCAACGAGGUCCUCCGCUUCUACCCACCGGUACCUUCCACAUUUUGCAUUGCCAACAAAGACACCACACUGGCUGGUCAGGACAUCUCAAAAGGUACCGUAUUGAUCAUCUCCCCAAAGAUUGUUAAUCAGAUGGAGGAACUGUGGGGACCGGAUGCGAAGGUCUUCAAUCCCGAUCGGUUCAUGGAAUUCAGGCAGGCGAAUGCCGGGGGCGCGAGCACUCACUACGCAUUUUUGACUUUUCUGCAUGGCCCAAGGGGCUGUAUUGGCCAGUCCUUUGCAAAGCUUGAACUUGCUUGUCUGCUUACUGCAAUGAUCGGACGGCUUCACAUGGAACUUGCGGAGCCUGACAGGGAAUUGGAGCUUCGGGAGGACGUGACGGUUUCUCCAAAAGAUGGUGUAUUGGCAAAGUUAACUCCGCUUGUUUCAUGUAUAAAAUCGCCACUACCUUGA